AGUAGAGACUAUAAGUAGGGUAGCUCCGGCGGCUUGAACUCUGACCCUACUCAGGUCUGUUCCUUUUUCUCCAUCAUGUCAGGUCGCGGCAAGCAAGGCGGCAAGGCGCGCGCCAAGGCCAAGACGCGCUCGUCGCGGGCCGGCCUGCAGUUCCCGGUGGGCCGCGUGCACCGCCUGCUCCGCAAGGGCAACUACGCCGAGCGGGUGGGCGCCGGCGCGCCCGUCUACCUGGCGGCCGUGCUCGAGUACCUGACGGCCGAGAUCCUGGAGCUGGCGGGCAACGCGGCGCGCGACAACAAGAAGACGCGCAUCAUCCCGCGCCACCUGCAGCUGGCCAUCCGCAACGACGAGGAGCUCAACAAGCUGCUGGGCCGCGUCACCAUCGCGCAGGGCGGCGUCCUGCCCAACAUCCAGGCCGUGCUGCUGCCCAAGAAGACCGAGAGCCACCACAAGGCCAAGGGCAAGUAGCACUCUAGCAGAGUGUGCGCCUCCAACCCCCCGUCCAAACCAAAAGGCUCUUUUCAGAGCCACCCACCUAAUCAAAAAAAGAGCUGUGCCUUUAAGUCGCAUUGUUGGCAUAGCAAGGUGUUGAAUACUGACAAACCCUGUAAAGAAGAAAGAAAAGCUUGCCUAAGGUAUUUGUAGAUCUGUCAUUUGACCCAAGAGUCCCUACACUGAAGUCACCUUGCAAGAAGAAAAGACAAACUUGCUUUAAUGAGCCCAUGUGAGCAAAAUGUGGGUAUCCUUGAUUCCUCUGCAGGAUCAAAUGUCCAUCUGGAACACAAACUUGGCAUCCUAUUAUGGCAGGGACAGAUAGAGGGAGGGACAGGCAAAGAGGAAUCAAGUAGGACCUGAGGCCACUGGGUAAGAUCCCUAUCAAGUCUCUGGCCUCCCCGGAAUACCAAGGAGGAAAAACAACCCCAGGGGGCCGGGCUGGGGAAGAUAGUCUUGCUAGAAAACUUCCCCCGGGGCCAAUCAGACAAAGACAUGAAGAAAUCUUGAAGGAUCUGGGCUGCAACAACCCCAGCUAAAACUGCAUAAAAAAAAAUCUGUCCUUGCUGGGGGUGGGAGGGGGUUACUCCCAGAUCUCCCCUCUCCGUGUGAAGAGCUGAUUCUAUCCUCUUAAAACUUUGCUUUGCUGCCCCCCACUCUGUGUCUGGUCUCCCUCUUCAUUCCUCCGAGCGGCGUGACUGAGGACCGUGGGCACCAGAAAGCUGGGGUAAGAAAAAAUCCUGAAACUCUUGGGGGCUCCUCCAGGAUCUCUGGUCGUCAUCAAGGACCUCUAACCGUGAGUAGUGGACCCCGAGUCUCUCCUCUCUGUUACAGUCAACAUGAUGGGCACUCAUCAUCUCAGAGUGCAUAGCGUGGCUGCCAUCCUCAAGUCUCGAGUGGUAGGCUCCCACCGGUCCCUCCUCAAGGGGAAGGAAUGCAAAAUCCCCGGGAAGGUCCCCGCAGACGUCCUCUUGCCAGAGGCCUCCAAGGGAUCGCAACCACAGUUCCCCGUUACGGUGAGGAACAGCCUUCUGCCUCUGCCCUCCAUCUGUGGUGGCACCUCUGAGUCCUACCCCUUCACCCGUUACCCUGUCAGGUGGACAGAACACUUAGACAUGUGGCCUCCUCCGGGAUCUGGCCCAGAACUUGUUAGAAGUAGCCUCCCACCCCCCACACAACUUGAAUUCCCUUAUUGGGGUCCCGCUGGCACUGUUCUAUCUGCGACCCUCCAGCCACUGAGCAUGCUUGUUGUUUUUGUGUGACGGACACUAGAUCCUCACACCGUAUGGAUCAGGCUCGCUGGACAUCAGGAGGGAUUGCCUCCGGGACACACGGGGACCAUUUUAUUACACUUGGCAAGGUGCACGCCCCUCUGCUCAGCUGCGACCAUCCUAAGAUGGACCCUGUCUGGCCGGAACACAUCUGAGUAGGUGUUGCUGAGAAGGGCAAGGGAACGGACCUCUACCUUGGCUGUUUCCCCCUUCCCCGGCAGCCCGCCCUGUGCCUCCAGAAAUUGGCCUUUGUUAACCACUUAAAACGGGUCUGUCAGACAGAGCAAUUUUAUCAGGCCCAUCAUGCCAACUCUCAACGGGCCAGGAAAAUUCUGGCACACCCACCCGCCACUAAAGGAGCCUUACUGGGUCACAACCAGGAUCCUUCGAGGCCUGUGGCUGGGAAAUGCAAAGAGAAUAAGAGUCAGGACAAGCAGGGUCGCUCCCUGGAGGUAGAGCCCGGUAAGAGAGACUCUUAGCGCCUGGCAGAAGAGACAGCGGCCCUGCCUGCCGGUCGCAAAGCCCCCAGGACACUGGAUCGGGAAGAGGCCCUUCUGAUCAACUAUGAGGAACUGAGAGUCUGUCUGAGAAGGCCCACACACAGUCAUCUUAGCCACCCCAACGGCCGUCAAGGUACCCGAGAUCGAGGCCUGGAUCUACCAUUCUAGGGUCAAGCCCUGGUUUCCAGUGGAACAAGACAACAGGAAACCAAGAUACCACUGCGAGCCUGGGAAGGGCUCAAAUGCAUCUUUGAAAAACAGAAAAGCCAGCAACACCAAGCUAAGUACUUCAACCCCUGAUCAAACAUGCCUUCGAAUGCAUUUAUUCUCUUUCUCCUUCUUUCUCUUCCCGAACUUCUACAUUGCCACUCAUCUGCAGGGACCCUAGGAUGGGUUCAACUCAAUGCCACUCCCCUCAAUUUGACUGAUUGUUGGGUAUGUGGGAAUGACUCAGUAGGAACUGCUGUGCCCGCCCCUAUUGCGGUCUGGCUACGGGCUAAUUACUCCGUCACCCCUUUUGUCUCCUAUAUUAAUUCAUU